UAAAAAGAACAAAUUAUAUGCAGCCUUGUGAAUUGUGUGAUGAGUUUCGGAGGUUAUAUCAAAGAGGUGGCUGCAUUCCGUGCUUAUUACCGACUGUGGAGGUUAAUAAUCGGAUACUGCUUUGAGCUUAUUUAUUUUUAAAUCCCCCAGCAUCACCUAUUGUUAUGGAUUUUAAAGUAUUUAAACAUAGUAUCACUCAACUGUAGUUUAUCCUCCGCAAUGAUAAAUGAAAUAAAUUCCUAACGUUUUCGCAGUUGCAUGUUCAACUUUGAAUUUAUUUUUACUUACGUAAUUAUGAUUCAGAGUAGAUCAUAAAAAAAUUCGAAUUCAUCUAUAUAAUUAUACCUUUCUCUUGUUAACCUUUAAGUUUAUUCCAGUUAUUAUUUCUUUUAAGAGUUAUUACGCGGUUAUAUGCUUCCAUUUCUCGAAGCUAAUAAAGAUUUACGCACUAUGUAGUAGAGGUUGCUACGUAGUAAACGAAAUGCUGUGAUCUAUUUACUAAUAUGUUGUGCACUAACGGUUUUAUGAAAUAUCAUUUAGCAAUGGAAAUUGAUUAACAGUGAUAUAAUGAUGGACCUGGAUAUUUGAAUCAAUUCCAAUGUAGUCUCUAUGUGAGAGGUGGCAUGAUUUUCACAAAGAACUAUUAACUUUUAUGUUUGUAUUUGAUGCUUUUCGAUAACUUGUGUUGUGCUCGCUAAGUUGUGUAGAUAAAUCAUGUAUAUACGAACAGGCUAAAAACCUGGCGAUGGAAAACUCUUCUGCACCUGCCAAGAAAAUUUAUUAAGUCAGAAAACAGUACCUGUCAAAUGAUUAAACUUUAAGAAUUUUCAACUAAAUCAGCUUAUUACCGAUACAACUGUGCUAAGCUUCUUUAACCUCUUCAUAUGCUUGAGAAACAACAGUUGUUGGCAAAAAAAUUACAAGGGGUUCUUUAAGAAAGCAGCUUUUGAUUAAAAACUACAAAAAUUAAGCUCGGCAUAAUUACUUUCUCCAAGAUCUGUAAUAACGUUCUGUACAAAUGUGGACAAACAGUCAAAAAGAUGUCCUAGAAAGUCAUUUGAACGGAUCUAGUGGACAAAACUUCGUAAAUAACAGCAGCAGUUUAAGCUCAUACGCAACGUUCAAUGAUUCUGAAUCGAGUCCAAUCCUUGAACCAAGGGACUCAAAGUUUGGUACUAAACUAUGGUUAUCAAAAACGGACCUUAACUGUCCAAUUUGUCAGCAUGAUUUCUGCUUUAGCAUGCUUUUGUGUACUACUGGACAAGAACAAAAUGGCUUAACAGAAAACUCUAUGAAAGUAAUUCGUGAUUUGCAUUCUAGACUUCAUGGUGUUUCACUUGAAUGUACCGUUCUGAGGUCAGAACUUGAAGUUCUUUACAAAGCAUUUAAUUCAAAAUGUCAGGCAGUCAAGAUUUUAACGAAUAAUAAAUUUCAGUCAUCGGAUGAGAAUGGUCAAACGCGAAGUACUGUUUACGCAUCAACUGUUGAACUGGAAAAGGAAAUAAACAAACUGAAAAUAGACCUUGAAUUAAGUAAAGGUGCUCUGUUAUCACACCAGCAGUCGUCUAAAGCAAAAGUUCAACAAUUAAAUAAUGAAAAUGGAAAUUUAAGAAGACAAUUGGAAAAUUUACAACUUAAAACUGGACAAUUAUUAGAAGAAAAUAUGCAUCUUCUACAGAAGAAUACAAUGUUAGUCUGUUCACCUACAUAUGAAGAAAGAGUAGAAAAAUCACCUGAAAUAACCGAUUCAGAUAAAAGUACCAAGUUUUAUCUGAAUAAAAAUUCACUGGAGAAGUUAGCUGAUCAAGACGUUCCACUUACAUCAGAAGGCAUUCUUUAUGUACUAGAAAAUCAAAUUAAAUCACAAUUUCAUGAUAAAAGAACGUCAUUGCCUGAAAUAAAAACAAAUAUAAAAGAUGCUUCUAUUUCUCAGAAUGGAUUUCAAUUAUUUUUCAGUCGUUUACGUUCAUCUAAAAUAGAUAAGAUUUUAAACGUUCAACAGCAACAAGAACGGUCUCAUAAAUCUUUUUAUAUUGAAAAAGAUAGUCAGUGCGAUUUUGAUUCAUUCAUUCAUCAAAGUCCCGGUAUUCGUGAAAUCUCUGUCCCUUUAAAAUGUUUGUGUGUAAAUGAUUCAGAUGAAGUUUGUGAAUGCGCUCGAACUACUGUUAAUGUUCAACGACAACUUUUACAGUAUAAGUGCCAGCUUUCUGAAAUGACAAAAAAAAUCAAACAACUUGAACUAUCUGAAGACGCCCAUCGACACGCAUUAAAAGAACAAUACGAAAGAAACAAACACAUGUCUGUUCAACUGACCGGAAUUCUCCCAUACACAUCUGAAGAAUUACUGAACUCUCCAAAUUGUGCAUUAUCUUCUCAAUGUUCACCAACAGUAAGGAAAUCACUCAGAAAAUUCGAUUCUAGAAAAAAUAAAUCAACAAUUUCACAAACAUUAUCCUCUACAGAAUCGUUUCAGAAUUUAUUAUUAUGGUUUCAUAAAAUUUUAAAAUCAACUUCAAUUUCAUUGAAAAGUUUAUCCUCGUCUGAUAAUCAAUUAAUAUUUGAUCAAGAUAAAAAUAGUUAUAGUGUCAUGGAAUCUAUACACCCUAAAUCGAAAUCUCCAACAUAUAUUAAAAUGUCUACUGGUAAUUCUAUGUCGGAAUGUUUAACACUAUACAAUGAAUCAAAUCGAUGUCAAUAUGAUAAAAAUGCUUCAAUAGAUGGAAUUAAUAAAUUACGUGAUGUUUCAAAUAAAGAACAAAUUAGUUUUGCUACAAAACGAAAAAUAAGUUUGAAAAACGUUAAGUCUACAUGCAAUUCUAUGCUAUCACAAUUAGACGAUCUAACUAUAAGUGAUAAACUUAUUACUUCAGAUAAUCAUAUAAAGGGAAUAAAUGAUGAACCGAUUGUACAAAAUCAAACAGUUUAUCCACGUAAAAUUUCCAGAUCAUCUUCUAUUCAUGCAAAACAACUUAAGUCUCGAUGUCGAUCAAUGGAACAUGUUUCAUCGCCGAAAUUUUCUGAGGAUGAAAAUAUAAAUACCAUGUUACUGUAUCAGCUUUUACUUCAGUAGAUUAACAAACUUCUACUCACUGAAUUUUCAUAAAUAACUAUUACCUGGUUCAAAUUUGAAGAGGAAUUUCACGUUGUAAUUGUAUAUUCGAAAUGGUAUCAUUGUGAAUAAUGUUCAGCGAUAGCAAAAAAGGGGUGUGCCUAAGUAUUUUCCUUUGUUUUCUAAAAAAACAUUUUUCUUCGUAGUUGUAGAUACAGCGUACACAGCACUUCAAUUUUUGCAAUUUUAUCACAAAUUAACUAACACAAUCGCUGUAGUAGUCCAGUAUUAUAUCACAGUUAUGAGAAAUACGUUGCAAAUAUAUGAUGGUCAGAAGUAUACUUGUUUAGAAAUGUCCGUAAUUUGACUAGAAAGGAGAUAGCUGAACAUGAAUAAAAGCCAGAAACCUUCAUAGAAUAUUUCAGUCUUGCUAUAAGUUUAUUAAGGCACUUAAAUAUAAUAAAAAUACGACAGAUAGUUUUGAAAUAUAUAUGAAAUUAAACCAUAAAAUAACCCACUUAGAACGGGUACGCACUUUUUUAUCCUGACAAAAAUAUUAUAAACUGAUCAGUAUAUGAGUUGGUACACAUUCACAAUUUAUAUAAAGCACCCCACUAAUCUACAUCACAGGUAGGAUUAAAGAAGAUGACCUCAUGUAUGUAUCACUUUAUAAUAUUCCUAUUGCUAAAAAUUAACUUCUACAAAAGUGACUCCUUCAUGCGUCCUCUUAAUAACUAUGAAGCUUAUGGUAAGGAUGAAUAUACUAAUUUCUGUUACCUUAAUUUUUACUGAAAGGUUGUGUAUUCUAAUGUGCUAACUAGCUGAAAUGAGGAAAACCUACCGAUUGAUAGUAAACAUAUAGGAUUAAAAGCUGAGUCAAUAACACUGGUGACUACAUCGCAAAUCCAUCAAUAGAAUUAGAUAAGCUCAUAGAAAUAGAUUUAUAUGACAUUAGUUUUUUUACUCAAUAACACUCUAUCCUAAAACUUAAACCAUCUAUAAAAGUUCCUAAGGAUCUAGUUUUUUUCUGGUACCACGUAAAAAUAUUCGUUUUAUCUCAAGGUUUUCCCAAAAAUAUAUUUAGUAGUUUAUCCAGUCACUUUUGAUAGUGCACUUCAUUGAAUACGCUUUACCACUUAUAUUUCGGCAAUGAAUAAAGUAGGUAUGUACCCAUUCAUCUCAUUAAUGAGAUAAACGUAGUUCGAAAUGGAGGAAUCUGAUAUGUUUCAGUCCGAGAUAUAAAAUCUUUUCAAAUAUAGCUAGCACCACGUAAAAUAACUUCUUUUUAAAAUUAGCGUUUCAACGAGUUUUAGAAUAGAAUUUUUCCCUAUUUAUUCAAAUAUAUAGAUGAAAAAUGUUGCAGAACUUAUUGAGAAACAAAACCUAAUAUGUGAUAAACGUGUUCGCCGUUCAUCUUCGGUCGUUACAUGAAAUUAUUAACAAGCAAUGCAGUUGGUUUCCUUCUCUAAUGAAAAGCGAUUAACAAGUAGUUCCCCAUUACUUAACUUCUGCAAGACUUUAUGUAUAUUACUUCAUUAUUUGCUAAUAAAUGUGUUCCUUAUUCUUGACUCACUUAGUCCUAAACAUUUUUUGCAUGAUUCUCAUAUUUGCAAUUGACUUGACAUUUUAUCAUUUAUUCUUGCAGAUUUGAUUCUCUUAUGUAGAAAUGAUUUUAGCAUGUAUUUUUAUAUUAUUCCACAUGUUAAUUUCAUUAAGGUGGUAUUAAAUCCCUUAAGAUGAUAUGGUAAUUCAGUGGUGAAUGUAUUACUUCACGAAUCUACAAUUUAUUGACAUUUCGCGUGCAUGUGCAAAUUCUAAAUAUGUGCAUCUACUGAAUACUUUUAAGUAGUAUAUAGUUAUUUAAAACAAAACAUGUACAGGUUCGUAUACUAUUUUAAAUCAGUACAGUAAAAGGAAGUGACUAAGAGGAAGAAUAACAGUAGCGGAAAAAAUAGGAAGAGGAGGAAUUACUGGAUAAUUCUAAAUUUCGUGGAAUCACUUUAACACAGUAAGAAUAUAACGGACGAUUCAAUUGAUCAACGUCAAGAAAAUCAUUAACAAUUAUGUGCAAUAAACAGGCAACUCAGAAAAAAGAUACAAAUUAUUAUUGAAAACUCUGAAACAAACUUCGUCAGGUGAAAGUAUCGAUAACUGCCUGAUCAUAGAUUAAAUACUUCAAAAUCUGGAUCUUCAUUAAUUUGUGUAUUCAGAGAUUUGUACGAAAUGAUUAUGUACAAAUAUUUCUAAAUUGUUUGAGGAAAUAAUUGUUGACGCUUCAUAAUUUCUUGCUUUAAAACCAUCAUGAUGUUAACUUCAAUGCGAUCAUCUUCAUAAUAAAUUAUCUAGAAUAAAGUACUGAUCACAUACACAUAAUAAUCCUUUUUAGUAAUAAUUGCUUUAAAUAAUUCAGCCCACACAAAUUUCAUUACAUCUUAUAAUUCUAACCAAAAUAAACCUCACUAUGGACUGAUGCAUGGAAAUAUUUGUUUCUGAAGAAAAUCAUAUUUUAAACUUUAAGGUACAGCAUAACUAGGUGUAACUUAAACUGAUAAUACUGCAAAACUGGACGUACAAUAAAUAGUUCUGAAGUUACAAAUCAAACUGGUCAAUCAGUUGUGGCAAACUCAAAAUUUAGGUAAAAAAAAACCCAGUGCAUCCGACUGCUCAGACUGAUUUUAAACCACGUUAUCUAAAAUUCCCUACGACAGACUAUGACAACCCUGCCUAGCAGAACGAGGAAGCCUGAACCUCUUGACAUGUUCCAGAUCAAUAAGUAAUGAUUUCAUGUACUGAUGAUAUACCAUAGUCUAUCCAUAGUCUUCUAGUUUAACCUCAUCUUAGCCAGUAUAAUAAGUCGAAAUAAAUAGUUUAUUGGUAUAUGUAUCAUAAAAUACAUGUUAAAUACAAUAAAAGCUUGGAUAUAGAUUCAAGAACUGUAAAUAGAAUUCCUUCGACUGAAACACAUCACUCCGUAAAAAUAAUACCGCCUUAACAUUGAUUUUUGGGCUUUUUGAAACAGAGAGAUUGUCGUUACUGUUUUAAACUAUGACAGAUAUGAAAUUGUUGAAAAAUAGAUCGAUAAUUACUUGUUUAGUACUUACUAUAUAUAAAUGUUAGCAUGAAUUUCAAACACUUUUGUUUUUAAUAAUCAGGUCAACAAAGCAAAAUAAGAAACCUGAAAAUGAAUUUAUUUUUUCUAUACCUGAAAGUAAAUUAUUUUGUACAGAAA